CUUGAAUGGAAGAGACAAAAGAUCCCUGAGUGAGGGGAUGCGUGUGUUCAGUGGGAGGCUGUGAGCAGCCAGGGGUCCUCUCAGACUCCCCACCCGGACCACGCUCAGAGGAUGCUUCAAAACAUCAGCGCUGCAGAGCCGCACCACGCAACCUGUUGCUGCAGCUUCAGCACCGCCGCAGCCCAGAGGCGCAGCCGGAGCACAGGACGGACUUUACUGCGCGCCGAGGGGCAGAACGAUGCGAGCCGCCUGCGUUUGGUCCUUGGUCGCCGUCUGGGCGGUCGGCUCCCACCGGGGGGCCGCGCAACACACGCUUAACGACUCCUCGUCCCCCACCACGGAGAGUUUGCUGAAUGUUUCGGCCAAGUCGCCGGGGAACCGCACUUCCAGUUUUUUCCUCUUGGACUUUGACGACGGGAUGCUGGAGGACUGGCGCUCCCUGGCCAACAGGAGGAGCAGCGGCAGGGAGUCGCAGGAGUGCGGGGUCAAGGUGCUGCUGGUGGCCGCCUACUCGCUCAUCAUCGUGGUGUCUCUGUUCGGCAACACGCUGGUGUGCCAUGUGGUGGCCAAAAACAAGCGCACGCAGUCCUCCACCAGCCUGUUCAUCCUCAACCUGGCGGUGGCCGACAUCUUCAUCACGGUGCUCAACACGCCGUUUACUUUGGUCCGCUUUGUGUACAGCACCUGGGUAUUUGGGAGGACAAUGUGUCACAUCAGUCGCUUCGUACAGUACUGCUCUCUGCACGUGUCCACUCUGACCCUCACCGCCAUCGCUCUGGACCGGAGACAGGUGAUAUUGCAUCCGCUCAGACCACGGAUGACUUCAGCGCAGGGAGGGGUUUGGGUGGCUGUUAUCUGGGUAAUGGCCAGCUGCUUCUCCCUACCACAUGCAAUCUACCAAAAACUGCUGACUUUCACCUACAGCCAGGAAAAGGUGCGUAGCCUCUGUGUCCCAGACUUCCCCGAGCCAUCAGAUGUCUAUUGGCAGUACAUUGAUCUCCUGACCUUCAUCCUUCUUUACAUGCUGCCACUCCUCAUCAUCACUGCCUCCUACACCACGGUGGCUCGCCGGCUGUGGCGCCACAACGCCAUCGGAGACACGACGACAGCUCAGCACGCCACCCAGAGAAAGAAGCGCCGGAGGACGCUGGCCAUGCUGCUCUUGGUGGUUGGUGUGUUUGCCAUCUGCUGGUUUCCACUCAACUGCUACGUGGUGCUGCUGUCAAGCCAGGCCAUCCAUUCCUCCAACGCUCUCUAUUUCUGCUUCCAUUGGCUUGCAAUGAGCUCCACCUGCUACAACCCGUUCAUCUACUGCUGCCUGAAUCCCACCUUCCGCCAGGAGCUGCGGCUGCUCCUUGACAGGUGCCGACUGAGACGGAGAGCAGCAGUCGGGUUAGAGCCCGAGAGAGGCCCUGCGGUCGCCUGCGCUCCAUGCCACAGAGCCGCCUGGCCUGACAACCAUGAGUCCUCAAGGCCAAGACUUGCUUUAUCGCAGCCAGGCCAGGACUCCUUACAGCAGAGUCAUGCCUCCUCCAGUCAGAGCCACAACCUGAAAGACGCACAUGUGGUCUUCACAGCCAGGCAGCCCCUCACCGGGAGAAUGGACAUCCUCUCGGUGGAACCUAUUGUGGCUGUGAGAUAACUAAAGACAGUUGCCACAGUUCUGAUGAGUAUUUAAGAACGUAAAAUAUGUCACAGGAAGCUAACACGUUUAAAGAAAACAGAAGGUGACGGUUGGCUGCUGAUAUCAGCAGGUAAAGAGAAUCCAUGUGCAUAAAUUGUUACUCUGCGUUUCCAUCAGCAUUUCCUGAAUAUAUCUACACAAUAAAAUGUUCCAUCUUUUUAUAUUGCUUCUACACUAUACAAUGUCUCAUUGCAUAGUGCAUUGUAAAUCCUAAGCUGAAUUUCUGCAGUACUUUACAGAACUAUGAAUGCUCUAUUUACAUUUUGCAGUGCAGUGGAAGGAAAGAGAUUUAUGCUUUUAAAAAGAAAAAAAAACUGCACGGUCUUUUGCAAGAUUGUAUUAAGACCCUCUGAGUCAAUAUUUUGUA